GGUUUUUAGUGAGAGAGAGAAAGAGUUGAGAGAGAGAGAGAGAGAGAGAGGCUGGAUCCCCACCACCACCACCCACACGAGCGGUUCUCGAAGUGCAUGCACAACAGCACAGACUUUCCUGCUUUCCAAACAAUCCCACCACCCCAUUUUUUCUAUAUUAGAAAGAGAGAGAGAGAGAGAGAGAGAGAGAGAGAGAGAGAGUGUGAUGAUGAUAUCAGUUUAAAAAUAAGCACCCUGGCUCUUUGAGAGGAGGAGAGAAUCAAAUUUCAACCGUGCGGUUUUUUUGUUUAUUUCUUUCUCCCAAACCAAACCCAUUUCUCUGUUUCCUGUUCCCUUUCUUGUUUAAUAUAUUUUCUCUGGUUUCUGCUUUUUCUCUUGCAUUUUCUCUCACUUUCUUCCCUGCCAAACAGACCUUUGUUUGAGUGAUCUAACAGAUAGAGUGAUCUCACAGAUAGAGUGGUCUAACAGAAAAAACCCGAGUCUUGGUUUCUGUUGUUCUACCCUGUGGCAUUGCACUUUUUCUGUUUGAUAAAGAAACCACCCCAAGUUUUCUGCUUUUUUUCUUCCAUUUUCUUCGAAAAUUCUGCAUCUUGGGUUUUUACCCUUCUGAUUUCUGUUUGGUGGGUUAAUUUUCCAAGUGAGAGUUACUAAUGGGUUUUCAACAUCUGAGGAGUGAUUGUGAUGGUUUAACCAGAUACAAAGAUUUGAACUUUUUGCCACCACCUCCUGUUUCUAAUCAACUUUCUCUCUCAAACACCUUUGGUGGUUCUUCUACUUCUGCAAUGGGGCUUGGGCCUUUCAGUCCCUCAUCAUCCCAGCAAACCAACAAACCAUGGAGUUUUCAAGCUUUGGAAAAUGGGGGACCAAAAAAUAUAAGCGAUCAUGGUGUGCUUUUUGGGGUUGAUCUGAAACGGCCCGUGCCUUUGAAUUUGAAUCUUGUUGGAGAGGAAGAUGAUGAUGAAGAUAGGAGCCCUGCUGGUGGGAGAACUAGUGCUAAGAGUUGUGCCAGAGGCCAUUGGAGACCAGCUGAAGACUCAAAGCUCAAAGAACUUGUGGGACAAUAUGGUCCUCAAAACUGGAACAUAAUAGCUGAGAAACUUGAUGGUAGAUCAGGGAAGAGUUGCAGAUUGAGGUGGUUCAACCAGCUAGAUCCAAGGAUCAACAAAAGGGCAUUCAGUGAGGAGGAAGAAGAGAGGCUGUUGGUUGCCCACAGACUCUAUGGCAACAAAUGGGCAAUGAUUGCAAGGCUCUUCCCUGGAAGGACUGACAAUGCUGUGAAGAACCAUUGGCACGUGAUCAUGGCCAGAAGACACCGAGAGCAAUCCAAUGUUUUCAAGAGGAGAAAGCCCUCUUCUCCUCCACCUCCAUCUCCUCCUGCACCUCCUCCUCCUCAUAUGGUUGCUAAUUUCCCAAAAAAUCCUUCCACCAGUACUGAAUCAACCAUCUCUAUAAGCACCAUCAAUGAUGACAGCACUCAGUCUGCCUCAACAUGCACUGAUCUCUCCCUCACUCCCUCAAACAAACCACCUCCCACCUUUUUCACCAAGUUCCAUCAUUUUCAUCACCACCAUAACUUUGGAUCACAUAUAGGCACAUCAUCAAGUGAUGGGGGAUUUAAAAAGAUGAUUGGUAGCAAUGGGAAUGGUUUCUGCAGGAGCACUGGGCCAGCGAGAGGAGUGGGAGCAGCAGCUGCAGCUAUGAAGGGUGUGGAUACUUCUGGCCAUCAAUCAGAUUCAAAUUCAGAUAUUUCUGGGGAUGACUCAGUCACCACCACCAGGACCAAUCUGUCCUUAUCUGGGGAAAAUCAAAAUCUGCAUCAUGAGAAGAUCACCACCCUCCAUUUCAUUGAUUUCCUUGGAGUAGGCACUCCUUAAAAAAAGAUGUGGGUUUUUAGCCAGCGGAAGUGGAUUUUCCAGUAUGCUUCGGGAUAUCCAGAAAAAGCCUAAAACUUUAGCAAAAGUGCAAGAGCUUAAUCUCUGUUAUGUGGUUAAAAGUAGGUCUGCAAAUUGAGAGGGGGGCAUAAUCUCUACAGUCUUUGUGUACAGUUAGUUCUAUAAAAGGCAAAAGAGAAACUACAGUGAAACUAGGUAAAAGAAAACAGGGGAGAGAGUUAAAAAUAUUUGAGAGUGGGUUAAAAGUAGGAGUCUUUGGAUGUUGUUUUUGUUGUGUGGCAUUUUGUACACGGUUGCUUCCUGCAGACUACUUACUGACUCAAAUCAAUGAAUGAAAGUGCCCAUGUUUUUUA